GUUUGAUUGUAAAUCCUUCAUUGAAAGUACUGUAUGCGGGCCAAAUUCUUCUUCGAGACUGCCCUGAUAGCUCUCAAGACAAGUACCUAGGUAUUGAACAACGCCCUCUGCUCCAAAACUGUCGUACGAUUGUUGGUCACCAUACAAGAAGCUAUUUGGGGGCUGCUUCCCAUAGUGUUGGUGGGCGGUUUUUUCUGGAUCAUUCAUCAAUGCUGUCACUUAUUCUACGAUAAUCAAAGUGCAAGAAAAUUGACUUGCGCAUCAGAUCAAAAGAAAAGAUGGGAAUGUUCACUCUGUUGCAGCAGGUUCUGAGUCAAAUUUUGUUCUUCAGCGCCACGUCGAUCCUAUGCUAUCUUGUUGGCUCCGUGAUCUACAACCUCUAUUUCAGCCCUUUAGCUAAGUACCCCGGUCCCUUCUGGGCCAAAGUGUCGUCUCUGCCUAGUUUCUAUUAUACUUUCACUGGUUAUCGACAUAUCUGGAUCUGGCAAUGCCAUCAAAUAUAUGGCGACACGUUUCGAUAUCGUCCAGACGGAGUCAUCAUCAACAACCCCUCAGGAUAUCGAGGUAUAUACGGCAAUAAAGCCAAUGUCAAGAAGGGAAAGCUCUACGAGGUUGCCCCUAGAAAUCCCUACCACUUCAGUACCCUGAACACGGUAGAUCGAGCGGCUCAUGAUCGAAAAAGACGAAUCUUGAAUGCGGCAUUUUCGGACAAAGCCAUCAAGUCUGCAGAGGACUUCAUAAUCAAGCAUGUCGAUCGGUGGUGUCAGCUGCUUGUGGAGGAUGUGGAUAGCACAGGUUGGACACCUGCGAAGAACAUGAAGGAUAUCACCAACUACCUGACGUUUGACAUUAUGGGCGACUUGGCUUGGGGAAAAUCUUUCGAGUUGAAGGAGCCGAACGAGGAUAACCCACUUCGGGAGAUUCCACACAUAAUUUCUGGCUAUCUAAAGUUCUUCUACCCCUUAAUACAAUCUCCCUUUUUGAAUGUUUGGGUUUGGCUCAAAUUCAGGGGCCUCAACUCGAUCCUUGAACGGAUAUCACCACCCGAGGUCAAGCAGUUUCACAAAUUUGUUAAUGAUACUCUGGUUGAAAGGACAGAGUUGGAGAAAUUGCGCAAGCAAGGAUCUGAAGAAAAUAUGAGGAAAGAUACGUUCCAUUACCUCUACCAUGCUGAGGAUCCGGACACUGGAAAGCCUGCCUAUACAAUGGAAUCCCUAUAUGCGGAAGCAGAGCUUCUCAUAUUAGCAGGGGCAGAUAGCACUGGACUAGCCAUUCGAAGUUUUCUGUUUUACAUCACUCGCAAUCCUCGAGCCUAUACUCGAAUCACAAAAGAGAUUCGCACUACCUUUGGCCUCGUUGAUGAGAUCAAAAGUGGCCAAAAUCUAUCAUCCUGCUACUACAUGCGUGCAUGUAUUGACGAAGCUAUGAGAUUGACUCCACCAGGACCUAGCGAAAGCCCCCGAGAAGUUUUGGAAGGAGGGAUGGAAAUCGAUGGCCAAUUCUUCCCUGCUGGAACCAUCCUUGGAAGUGGAGAGUGGGCACUCUUUCGAAAUGAAGAAUGUUUCGGAGACCCAGGGACAUUUCGGCCAGAGCGCUGGAUCGUGGACGAAGCUGGAGGAGUGAGUGCUGAAAGUGUCGCUCUUGCACAAUCAGCGUUCGUGCCGUUUUCGAUUGGGACUGGUAGUUGUGCUGGACAGAAAUUGGCUAUCCUUGAACUACAGCUUACCAUUGCAAGACUUCUAUUCUUGGUGGAUCUGAAGACCCCUAAAGGAAACUCAUUGGGUGGCGGCGCGCCAGAGUUGGGCUGGGGCAGAAGAGAUAGGAACCAGUAUCAAGUUGCCGACACUUACAUGUCGCAGACCAACGGACCGUUGGUGCAAUUCAGCAAACGACAUAUAUGAGAUUUGGGGUCGCUAGUAUUGUAGUUCUACAGAUUCUUUUCACCUCGAUAUCUUUAUUUCUGAACCAAGUAGCCUCGCUCUAGG